CAGCAGAUCCGCUCCAACUGUCACCUACUACUGCUAUUGUUGUAAGUACAUAUGAUCGUACAUUUAACGUGGGUGAAGAAGUUGAACUUAUAUGUACAACAGAUACACAAUAUGAACCUACAUUUUCAUGGAAGUUGGACAACGGACAAGAUCACAAGGUUGAAAACCAAACAGUAACAUUUACAUUCAUCGAAUAUGUUACGGUAACAUGCAUUGUCAGCAACACAUAUGGUAUUGCUACUGGUGAAUUAUCAAUCACGCAGUUAGACAUAACAUGUAAAUCAGUCGAUGUUACUGUACCUGUACCAAUCAUUGGGUUCAAGACUGACACAACAUUAUUGGAAUGUACAUAUAUUACUACUGGUGGAAAUCCAUUAGUUUAUUGGUAUAAAGGGAGUAGUACAGCUACAGGUACUCUAGUUAUACAAUCAGUUGGUGGAGUAAUUUACCCAGAGCCUGGAUUUACAAGACAUGACAUUCAAGAUCAAGCUAGUUUAGUUAUAACUAAUACAAUGCUGAGUGAUGCUGGAAUGUAUUGGUGCAAAGUCAUAGCAUUUCCAGAUGGCAGUGAUGAGGAUUCAGUCACACUCACUGGUGAAGUUGCAACAGAACCAUCUCAACCUAGUAUAACGUUCAUUGAUGGCAGUAUUAUAUCCAAUGCAAGCAGUAAAAUUACUAUGCAAUGUACAUCAUCUGGUAAUCCUACACCAAUUUACAAUAACAGUGAAUUAACAAUCAAUCCAAGUGACAGAGAUGAUAACGGUAGAACAUUUACAUGUCAAGCAGUUAAUUUUAAAGGAAGUAACACAGAAGAUAAAACAUUAACCAUAAGAUAUAAACCAUAUUUUGUGAACGUAUCAAAGAAUCAGCGAUCCUAUGCAAGCAAAGGGAGCGUAGCAGAAUUACGAUGUGAGAUUGAAAGCAACCCACUUUCUUCGAUAAUAUGGUAUGGUCCGAAUAAUCAGCCAAUAAAUAUUGACAGUAGAAUCAGCAUCAAAACAGUGUCACGUGGAACCUUAUAUGAAAGUAUAUUGACAAUACAGAAUACAAUGCUAAGUGACUAUGGUAGUUAUUCCUGUUUUGCAGAAAACGAUAUUGGCAACACAACAUUUAUUGUCACAUUCAACGAUAAAAGUGUUCCAGAUGCACCAAAGUCCAUUGUACCAAUAACACGAUUCUAUGACAGUCUGGUUGUCACUAUAAUUCCCGGAUAUGACGGUGGUGAUGCAGAUACAACAUAUUUUAUACAAUAUCGUACCCGGAGAAAUGCAACCUUCAACGAAUUGAACGCUGAUAACUCAGAGACAACAAAUAUCACGAUAGAAAUACUUGAAUUAGAUCCGUCAAUACCAUAUGAAUGUAGAGCAUAUGCUGUCAACGCAAUUGGUAUAGGACCAUACAGUAAUAGUAUUAUGAUCAGAACAUUGGGUUGUAUCUGUGGUUCAUGUAGUGUAGGUAUUAUUGUUGGGAUACUUACAACUUUGAUGGUUACUACUAUAAUAUAUGUUGUUAUUAGUUAUGUAUUACAUAAACGUCGAUGGAACGAAGAAAAAGGACGAUCUGAUUCCGUAGAAGAUCGCGUGUAUACUGGACUUUCAGAAAGCACGAGGGAAAAAGACCAUACCUAUGAAAUACCAGAGAAAAAGGAUGUUGACAAAGAUGGGGUUUAUACAUCACACGACCCUGCUACUAGAGAAAAAGAAUCCGAAUACGAGACUCCACUACCAAGACCAAAUAAGGUCUAA